CUGUCUGAAUUAAACAAAAGGAAGUGACGUCAUCACACCGUCGCAGAGCUUAGACGAACACAACAGACGGAGCUGCAGAGAAAAUCAGUUUAGAGCUGCAGAAAACCAGUGAAACGGCUUCACCGAGCUUCAGACCGUCCAUUAGCCGAGAUUCAGCUCCUGUCAGCCCGCUGCGGAGGAUCAUCUGCCCGCAGAGAUGCCUGAGACUGAGAGUUACUCCAACCCUUUGGCCCCUGAGGGCCACGAUGUGGACGACCACAGAGCUGCUGCUCAGUCCAAACUGACCAACGAUGACUUCAGAAAGCUGCUGAUGACGCCUCGGGCAACGCCUACUUCGGCUCCGCCCACCAAGUCCAGACAUCAUGAAAUGCCGAGGGACUACAAUGAGGAUGAGGAUCCUGCGGCGAGGAGGAGGAAGAAGAAGAGUUAUUAUGCGAAGCUUCGUCAGCAGGAGAUGGAGCGAGAGAGAGAGCUGGCCGAGAAAUAUCGAGACCGAGCGAGAGAAAGACGAGACGGCGUCAACAAAGACUACGAAGAGACGGAGCUAAUCAGCACCACGGCCAACUACCGAGCCGUCGGACCCACGGCCGAGGCGGACAAGUCGGCAGCAGAGAAACGACGGCAGCUCAUCCAGGAGUCCAAGUUCUUGGGAGGUGACAUGGAGCACACUCACUUGGUGAAAGGUCUGGACUUCGCUCUGCUGCAGAAGGUGAGAGCUGAAAUCACCAGCAAGGAGAAGGAAGAGGAAGACAUGAUAGAGAAAGUUCAGACGGAAACAAAGAAGGACGUGGAUCCAGAGGAGAAGAUCGAGUUUAAGACUCGUCUUGGAAGGAACAUCUACCGUAUGGUGUUCAGGUCAGGGGUCUCAGAGAGGAACGAGCUCUUCCUGCCUGGCAGGAUGGCCUACGUGGUGGACCUGGAUGAUGAGUUCAUCGACACUGACAUCCCAACAACUCUGAUCCGCAGCAAGGCUGACUGUCCCAGUAUGGAGGCUCAGACGACUCUGACCACCAACGACAUCGUGAUCUCCAAGCUGACUCAGAUCCUGUCCUACCUGAGACAGGGGACGCGUCACAAGAAGAUGAAGAAGAAGGACAAAGGUAAACUGGACGAUAAAAGAGCUCCUGAAGCUGAUCUCAGCAUCUUUGAAGAAACUGGGGACUACAUCCCAUCUGCCACGUCCAAACCGAGCAAAGACAAAGAUCGACACCGAGGACGAGACGAAGACAGCAAGAGCAGGAGACACGCCUACUUUGAGAAACCUCGAGGAGAUGACCACCAGCUGAUAGAGGUGGACACAGCUCCUGGAUCAAUCAAAGAUCAGAUCAAGAUGAUCAAUGAGAAGUUUGGUGGAGCAGCAGCCAACCAGUGGCAGAACCAGGAACCUGGUUCUCAGAGGAGAGACUCCAGUAAGGAGCAGUUGGGAGACUUCUUUGGAGGAUCCAACUCAUACGCAGAGUGUUACCCAGCAACGAUGGAUGACCUUGCAGUGGACAGUGAUGAAGAGGUGGACUACAGUAAAAUGGACCAGGGUAAUAAGAAAGGGCCGCUGGGCCGCUGGGACUUCGACACUCAGGAGGAAUAUUCAGACUACAUGAACAACAAGGAGGCUCUGCCAAAGGCUGCCUUCCAGUACGGCAUCAAGAUGUCUGAAGGCAGGAAGACGCGACGUUUUAAAGAGACCAAUGAGAAGGCCGAGCUGGACCGCCAGUGGAAGAAGAUCAGCGCGAUCAUCGAGAAGAGGAAGAAAAUGGAGGCUGACGGGGUCGACAUCAAGAGACCAAAAUACUGAAGACUUCCUGACUUUGUCUCAGGUUCUUCUCUCUGAACAGUACCGACCCGUUAUCAUCCUGGAGUUUGUGUUUGAAUUGAUAAUGUAAACCCUCUGUUGUCAUGGAAACAAGAUUUUAUCCUGACGAUUAUCUGAGCCUGUCUUGUUAUAUCAGUUGCUAUUGAUCAGUUAGAUGAGUUUAAAGUGAACACCAAGAGUUCCCAAUAAAAGAGUCAGGUCCCA